AUGAAGAUCAUCAAGCAUUACCAGGAGGAAGGUCAGGGCAGUGAGGUGGUGCAGGGGGUGCCUGAGGACAGGCUGGAGAUCACCAACUGCUUCCCUUUCCCUCAACACACAGAGGACGAUGCUGACUUUGAUGAAGUUCAGUAUCAGAUGGAGAUGAUGAGAAGUUUGCGCCUUGUAAAUAUUGAUCAUCUUCAUGUGGGUUGGUACCAGUCAACCUUCUAUGGUUCUUUUGUCAGCCAGGCCCUUCUGGACUCUCAGUUCAGUUACCAGCACGCCAUCGAGGAGUCAGUUGUGUUUAUAUAUGAUCCCCUCAAGACAGCCCAGGGUUCUUUGUGUUUGAAAGCCUACAGGUUGACCCCAAAACUCAUGGAGAUCUGUAAAGAUAAGGACUUCUCAGCAGAUGGGCUGAAGAAGGCUAGUGUGGGUUUUGAGAACAUGUUCGAGGAGGUGCCCAUUGUCAUCAAGAACUCUCAUCUCAUCAGCGUUCUCCUGUGGGAGCUGGAGGACAAAUCCACUGCUGCAGACAAACACGAGCUCUUGAACCUUUCCAGCAGUACUCAUCUGGAGAGGAGCCUGCAGAUGCUGAUGGACCGCGUGGAUGACAUGAGUCAGGACAUUGUCAAGUACAACAACUACUGCCGCAGUCUCAGCAAGCAACAGCAACAGAAACAUCAGUACAUUCAGAGGCGGCAACAGGAGAACGCGCAGAGACAGAGCCGAGGGGAGCCUCCGCUUCCUGAGGAAGACCUGAGCAAGAUGUUCAAGCCUCCUCAGCCGCCUCCACGAAUGGACACCCUGCUCAUUGCUAGUCAAAUCAGCACAUACUGCCAAACCAUCAAGGAGUUCACAUCUCAAAACCUGGGCAAGCUUUUCAUGGCUGAAGCUCUUCAAGGAACAAGCAGUUAGACUUGAGCCACCUGCAUGAUCCAAUGAUUGGUCAUGGGAUCAUGCAGAGUCAUCUGUUCUUUUUAUGACUUUUUCUGUGGCUCAUUUUAAUACUUACAGUGUUCAAUUGAAUUGGUUUUCUCAUUACUAGACGAAACCUAUAAGCUCAUAGGUGUUUCAAUUCCCAUCAGACAGGUAAUUUUAUUUAAGCAUGUACAGUAUAAAAGCAUAUUAUGUGAUUCACCAGUGAUUUUUGAGAGGAACCCAAUGUACCUGUCAAUAAUGUGUGAAAAGGGAUGUUGGAUGUUUGAUAAUAAAUUGGAUCGUGUCCCCUUUGUCCACUUUUUGAAAUGCUCAUUCAAGAGAGAUCCUACUUCCAGCAUGAAUG